AUGUUUCCAUUCGUUAGGCUCGGAGUGGUUAGGUGUCUGCCUCUGCAACAUUUAGUUACAAAAAGAUGCUUAUCUUAUGGUGGUAAGCAUGUCGUGACACAGCAAAAGUUUAAAGAAUCAAUGGCCAAAGUUGCAAAUCAAGCCAUGGUUUUGACAGCAGCAUCUCCGGUAGGUACAUCUCAUGAAUUAUUUCAUGGCCUAACUAUCUCUUCGAUGACUUCAUUGGCAUUAAAGCCACAUCCGAUGAUACAAUUUAACUUACAACUUCCAUCAGCAACAUCAGAUACGUUGCAUCAGAAUAGGUAUUUUGCUAUCCAUUUAUUAAACCCAACCAAUGAGUCAAUAGAUAUUAUAAGAAAUUUUAGUAAAGGUGCCUUACAAGGUAUAAAUCGUACAAUGCCGUUUAAGGAUCUUGAAAUGAACGAACAUUAUAUGAUACACAAAAUAGGCAAUAAAACUAAUUAUGAUUUACCAAUCUUAAAGGAAGCGCAACUGGCUAUCAUCUGCAAGAAGAAAAAUGUGUUUAGAGUUGGUGACCAUGAAAUUUGGGUAGGUGUGGUGGAAGACACAAUAGUAAUGAAUGAUGAUACAAAUGGUGGUGUCCUAUACUGUAACAGAAAUUUCCAUAAAUUAGGUAGUCAUAUUUGA